CAUGCCAGUCACACCAUCAUUUCCAGCUGCCCAGAUAUUUUCAAAUGCCUUUGGAAGAGGAAUCAGAAUUUACAAAUAUGGACAAAGCUGCCAGAGUCAUUCAAAAUGCCUGGAAAUGUUUCCUUAAUGUUGCUGUAUUCCAACACUAUAAAAGAUUGAUUGAUAUCAGAAGACAAGGCGAGCCACGUCAGAUAGUGAAAUAUAUUGAUCCUAAAGAGGCAGAGCUUCUAGAUGCUGCUGCUGGUAUUCGUGUACGAUUCAGAUUAGGUGGUGUUAAAUUUCCACCUGAUAUAUACUAUAAAAUUUUCACUCAUAGACAUAUUGAAGAUCUGUGUGCUAAUAGCCCUAGAGAUUAUACAAAACUUCCAGCAAAAUAUACAUCUCAUAUUAAAAGCGAUGAUCUUCAGGAAGAGGAUCAUAGUGGCUGGUAUCAUCGUGUAGAGAACAAUGGCUGGAGGCCUGUCUCUGAUACAUUUUGGAUGUCUACUGAAAAUGUAGAGUUGGAAGACAAAAAAGAAACUGAAUUCCAUUUCUCUAAACUAAAGAGAAGGCAGGAUAUGGAAAAGAAAAGAAAAAUUAAAAAAAUAGAAUGGAUGAGAAAAAUGUACUAUGCAGGAAGCCUACAGGCUAAGUCAACAAAUCCUAAAACUCUAGAUUUAAUUCACACAGCAACCCAGGGGCUCAUGAGAUCAGUCGAAGGCAGUGGAAUAGAUGCUGUGAUGGAAUGGGAAGUGGAUGAAGUGCUAAACUGGACAAAUGCACUGAACUUUGAUGAGUAUAUUGCCAACUGGAAGGAAAUUGCUACAAGCAACUCUUCAGCUAACUUCACAAGUUUCACACUUGAGCAAGCACAGAAAAAAAGAUAUGACUAUGCAGAUAUGUCAGAGGAGAAAAUGGGAACACCAGAAGAUACUUUAUAUGGAAAUAUUUUUAAAAAAACAAAUUAUACUAGACUAACGCCUGAUUCCACUUAUGGAAUAUAA